GGGUGGUGUCCCCAGCUGGGGUGAUCUGGCGCAGAGUGGAGGAGGCGCUUGCGGCUCGCUCCUGCUCCUCCCCUCUCCUUGCGGCCUCCCGGAGGUCUGCCCAGCUCCUGUGGCCUCCCGUGAAAUGUGGAUGACGCCCAAGAGGAGCAAAAUGGAAAUCGACGAGUCUCGGGGGUUCCGGGCCGAGUGGACACAGCGGUACCUAGUGGUGGAGGCUCCGGAGGGCGAGGGCGCCCUGUGCCUGGUGUGUCGCCGCCUGGUCGUAGCCACCGGCGAACCCGACGUCAGGCACCACUACGAGGCCGAGCACGACUAUUACGAGCGGUAUGUGGCGGAGGGCGAGCGCGCGGCCCUGGUGGAGCGUCUGCGUCAGGGCGACUUGCCCGAGGCCGCCCCGCUCACUCCGGAGGAGAGAGCUGCUCGUGCAGGCCUCGGGCUCGCCCGCCUCUUGGCCUUGAAGGGUUGCGGCUGGGGCGAGGGGGACUUUGUGCACCGGUGCAUGGAGGUGAUGCUGAGAGAUGUGCUGCCCGAUCACGUAAGCGUUCUGGAUGGCAUUGAUUUAUCUCCGGAGAUCACGCGGCAGAGGGUCCUGGACAUUAACCAAAAUCUACGCAGUCAGCUUUUUAACCGAGCCAAGGACUUUAAAGCCUAUUCCCUUGCCUUGGAUGACCAGGCUUUUGUGGCCUAUGAGAACUACCUCCUGGUCUUUGUCCGCGGCGUAGGCCACGAUUUGGAGGUGCAAGAAGAGCUUCUGACCAUAAUCAACCUGACUCAUCACUUCAGUGUUGGUGCCCUCAUGGCGGCAAUCCUUGAGGCCCUACAGACGGCAGGGCUUAGCCUGCAGCGGAUGGUUGGACUGACCACGACCCACACUCUGAGGAUGAUUGGUGAGAACUCAGGACUGGUGUCAUACAUGAGAGAAAAGGCUGUAAGCCCCAACUGUUGGAAUGUGAUCCAUUAUUCAGGAUUUCUUCACUUGGAACUGUUGAGCUCCUACGAUGUAGAUGUUAAUCAAAUCGUAAAUGCCAUAUCUGAAUGGAUAGUUUUAAUUAAGACCAGAGGCGUUAGGCGGCCGGAAUUUCAGGCUUUACUAACUGAAUCUGAAUCAGAGCACGGUGAAAGGGUUAAUGGACGCUGUCUGAACAAUUGGCUUAGAAAAGGGAAGACUUUAAAACUAAUAUUUUCCUUAAGAAAAGAGAUAAAAACAUUCUUGGUUUCGAUAGGGGCAACAACGGUCCAUUUCACAGACCACGAAUGGCUUUGUGACUUUGGCUUCUUGGUGGAUAUUAUGGACCACCUUCGAGAACUCAGCGAACUAUUGAGAGUGAGUAAAGUCUUUGCUGCUGCUGCCUUUGACCAUAUUUGUGCGUUUGAAGUGAAGCUGAAUUUACUUCAGAGACAUAUUGAGGAAAAAAAUCUAACACACUUUGCCGCCUUGAGCCAAGUUGUUGAUGAGCUUAAAGGGCAUCUUCAAGAAGACGAAAAAAUACUCGAUCCUGAUAGGUAUCGAGUGGUGAUCUGUCGCCUACAAAAAGAGUUUGAGAGACAUUUCAAGGACCUCAAGUUCAUUAAAAAGGACUUAGAACUUUUUGCAAAUCCAUUUAGCUUUAAACCUGAAUAUGCACCUAUUUCAGUAAGGGUGGAGCUAACAAAACUUCAGGCAAAUACUAACCUUUGGAACGAAUACAGAACCAAAGACUUAGGGCAGUUCUAUGCCGGAUUGUCUGCUGAAUCUUACCCGAUUAUCAAAGGGGUUGCGUGUAAGGUGGCAUCCUUGUUUGAUAGUAGCAAAAUCUGUGAAAAGGCUUUUUCAUAUUUGACUCGAAACCAACACACUUUGAGCCAGCCACUGACAGACGAACACCUCCAUGCCCUGUUUCGGAUUGCCACCACUGAAAUAGAGCCGCAUUGGGAUGAUCUUGUGAGACGAAGAAAUGAAUCAAAUCCAUAAACUUUUGUAGUACAACAUUGAAACACUCAACAAGAAUCCAAUUCUAAAAGCAAACAUCUGUUUGAUUUUCAAGUUUACUAAUUUGGAUUGUGGGAAAGCACCACAUUAUUCAUCCAAAUUGAUCACAAUUCAAAUUCUUCAGACAUAUUUUUUUUUCCAUAUCAAGAGGCAGCAUGGGACUGAAACAUGCAGACACCUUUUUUUAAAACUUAAUUUGAUGGCAAAGUCAUUAUCUUUUGCUUUUAUGAUACAACUGUUUUUAAAGACAUUUAGUACUAAUAAUAUAAUUUCUGGCUCUUCUGGGAUUUUAAAAAUGUCCUCAUCACCUCCCCAAGGAAGGUUCUCUCCGGACAGUUUCAUCACUCCAUUAACAUGCAUCGCCCCUGCAUAAGUUAUUUCUUCCAUCUUCCACUAGCAAUUUCCUGAAUGCCUGCCAACUAAGCCAAUGUUCAGUAUGCUAGGUUUUUCAAAAACAGAACCAGUUUCUGUAUCAGAAUGGCCUAGGUUGCUGUGCGGUAACAACCCCAAAAUCCCAGCUUUUCUCUUGUAGUUUGGCUAGGGCCUUUGCUCUAAGUCAGGAAUUGAAGAACUAUGGCCAUGGGCAAAAUCUGUCCUGCUGCCUGUUACUGUAAAUAAAGUUUUAUUGGAAAAUA